AUGAUAUCUCAGUCGAAUCAAGUUAAUUUAGAUAUAGAAGAUGAACCGCCUGUUGACAACACCCAUAGUAAUAAUGCGACACACAGAUUGGAUUCUACUUCUAGACCUGCAGCUCCAAGGACCAAUAUUGGGUUGGGGGAUAGAUUGAACAGCGUAUUUCGUGAAAUCAGACCAUUGGUGGAACAUGCCCGCAUGGGUAACAAUGCUCGUCUUUCACUUCCCACGUGGUUACCAAGAAACACACCGGGCACACAUCAGAUACCUGAUGGGGUGCAAAGACCACAGAGUUCUAUAGCCCACAUAAAUCUUGGUCCUGGUGCUCAGACAUAUGUUGUAACAGAAAGAAGUGCACCGCUAGCCCAGCGGGCUCCAACUAGUAACCAGCCAAUGAGCCCGAGUGCUUCAAAUAACUCCAAUAUUUCAGAACAGCACCAAGAUAACCAAGAGGUUAAUGCAUCCGUAAAUCCAGCAAACAACAAUAAUGUCCAUGAUAAUACAGAUAAUGACAGUCAAAGUGAUGACAUGGCACAGCAGGUAACACCUAUAGUGGUACUAGAUGUGAGGGCGGCUUUACACUUUCUGAUUCGCUAUGCACCAUUUUAUUUUAUUCUCUUCAUAAAACUCAUUUAUGACAGCAGAGAGGGCAUCUUUACAUUCAUCAUUCUCUUCUGUACAUUUUCACAUGGCAACUGCCUGGUGAGAAGGGAGCACGGCAAACAGAUGAACCGCAACAUACUGGCCCUGUUCAGCGAGCUGGUGUUCACCGGCGGCUGCGUGGCGAUUGUGCACUUCCUGUUCGGUCACGGGAAGCUGCUGCCCAACGUGAUCAUGUUCCCCGGGUACACGGACCCUAUAGACGUGUGGGAGCUCCUGUGGCUGGUGGUCCUGACCGACCUGAUCGUGAAGAUCAUAACGGUGGACGUCAAGAUACUGGUGACCAUGAUGCCCGCGUGUCUGCUGCCAUUCCAGAAACGGGGCAAGGUGUACCUGUUCACGGAGGCAGUUUCGCAGCUCUACCGCUCGCUGCUCACGAUACAGCCGUGGGUGUUCUACCUGAUGCAGUCGUACGAGGGCUCCGAGAAGAUGGUCGGGCUGUUCCUCACGUCGGUGUACGUGAUCUCGAAGGUGGUCGAGGUCCUGGUGCGGCUACGGCUGUUCAAGAACGCCACGUGGACCCUGCUGCAGAGCGUCAGCCUGGGCACAAAGCCCACCGGCGAGCAGCUGGUCUCCGCCGGCGACUCCUGCCCCAUCUGCCACGACGACUACACCACGCCGGUGAGGCUCGGCUGCAGCCACAUAUUCUGCGAGCUCUGCAUCUCGGCGUGGCUGGACCGCGAGCACACGUGCCCUCUCUGCCGCGCCAAGGUAGCCGACGAGCCGACCUGGCGCGACGGCUCCACCACGUACGACUUUCAGCUCUAU